UUUUAAAAUGGUUUAAAUAAAUAAAAUAGCAUUCAUCUUGUUUCAUAGAUGCAGAAAAAUGGAACAUCUUCUAUUUAUCGGAUAUUUUGUAUUCGUAUUUAAUUUAAAAUGUUGGGCUACAUGCUGCAGAAGUGCACAAAAGCUUUCAACGCAGGUCAGCAGUAGCGAACUAAGACAACGUCUACUGAAUUUAAAUGUGAAGUCACGGACAUCGUGCCACUGAGUAAGCCAAGAGGAAACACUGUACCUUAGAUAACUAGACUAUUUUUGCAGCUUGACAUUUAAAACGAGCAAAUCAUCUUAUGUACAAAGUUUUGUUUUAACUCCUUAAGACUUGUUAUUAUCUGAGUUAAAAAAGAAGCUAUGGUGAUUCAAUCAACCAAUUUUAUAUCAUUGCCAAUAUCUUUUUUCUUUUUCUUUGUGUACGCAAGACAUUUAAAGUCCAAUUAAGAACAGUAAUGAAUUUAUGAAUGAUUUUUUAUAGUUCCUACCUUGCAACCCUGCUUUCCACAAAAUUGGACUAAACAUUUUACAUUGCAUGGGACACUAGAUACAAGUUCUGUACUAGACUUGUAUGAAUGUAUUUAAAAAGAACUAUUCUGUAUGGGAAACGAGAUUAGGGAAUUUUGUAUUGUUUGUUUGUUUAUAUGUUUGUUUGGGUUUUUGGUUGUUGCAAGAAUUGCCAAAAUAUCCAAAUACAGUAAAACACGUUUAUAACGAAGUGCCAGGGACGGGUGAUUUUACUUCGUUAUAAGCGAAAUUCGUUAUAUCUGUCAAGUUAACAACAUAUUUUAUAGUCAUGGGAAAUGAAAAUCACUUCGAUGUAAGCGUCAAUUUAUUGUAAGCGUGUUCGCUAUGACCAUGUUUUACGGUACCUUGCACAGAAAUUGAUUAUCUUACGCGGAAAGGGUGAAUAAUGCCUUCCAUGAUCUUUCCAUUCAGUGGAAAAUGUAUAGAAAUCAUCAAUAAUUCAAACCUGUGACCAAGUGUUUAGUAAAAACAUUGCAUAAAGACACGCUAUUUGUUUAAACAUGUUCUGGUAUGCAUUGAUUUUAUAGGGUUGUUUAGAUAAUGCAUUUUGUUACAUUUAAGUUGUCACAUUUAUGACUGCAUUAUGUAGUAAGCUAUUUUAAUGUUUGACUGUUUAUUGACAAACUACUACACUAUAAUGACUGUUUCCGUAAUCAGUCUAUUUAGUGCUGAAUUCAUGGAAAACGAUUUUUUAACAACCUUAAUCAAAUAACCUUUACCUUGGAUUGCAGUUACAUGUCCGGAAUUACGAUUACCAACAAGAAAAUCGUCAUGCUAGAUUUUCCCAUAGUUUCUCUCCUUUGUGCGCAUGAUGGAAUUAACAUUGCUAAUACGGUCAAAAAAAGUUUAGAAAAAAAUGAAACAAAGGUACUUAUUGUUGACGUUUUGCAAAUCAGUGAAGCACCUCCUUCCUCUGUACUGGUACUAUUUUUAACCCCAGGGAUGUUAUCUGUGUUGAAAUCAUCACAUGCACCCGAUCUGAACAGUGUAUAUAGCAGAAGCAAAACGUGUGCUUUGUUUUUUCAUGAGACAAUUAACUUCUAUGGAGAUUCGAUUCAACAAUUGUUGCAACAAACGAUUCCUUCAUUUACAAAAUGGGGUUGUUUACCUACAGGAAAGAGAAUUAGAGUUAUCGUUUUAAAAAUCAUAGAACUCAUUGACACAGUUGAAGAGGAACCAGAUCAAGAUGUUCCUGGUCUUGUGUGGGACUGUAAGCUUUAUCCAGAGAGUGUAUGGGAAGACAAGCAGACUGUGUUCAUAUCCUUCAACUCCGAGAGAACACUUGAGGACAAGGUGACGGUUGACGUAGAUCAGACCUUGUUUGAAGCCACCUGGGUUAAUCCGUACACCUUUAUGUUUCAGUAUAAACAUGGCUGCAAUGCAAAUGGCCAGCGCUUGGUAACGGUUUUUGUAAACGGAGAAUGCCUAGCCACUUCUAUGAUUUUCGUUAAAGACAGGAGCCAGAUACUAUUAGGAGAAAUCAACGACUCAGCUUCGCCACUUCAUUUCUUAAAGGACAUUGUACAAUCUAUCAAAGACACAGAUAGCGAAUUGCCUACUGAGAGCAUAGAUGUCAAACUACUGGAGGGCACCAAACAGUUUUUAAAAAUGUUGGCUCAAUUACCUGACUUUACAGAUGGCAAUAAAAGCGAUAGUUCCUACAAACAGAAAAUAAAGACUCUAGAGGAACCUACCUUGGAAGAAGAUCUUUCUUAUAGUACCGAGCCUGUCGUCCGAAGAUCCAACAGUCAGGACAUCAGAAAUAGAAGAGGGAUAUCAAUACCAGAUUGUUCAAGAAAAGACGUCAGCACUCUAUGUAAAUCUACAGAACUCCAUAGCAAACGGAUUUCGAAAGCUUUACAGAAUUUGAGUUCAGAAGAAGACGUACCUCUGAUAAAGGUGAACCCUGAUUUAAAGAAAUCUUUGCCUGAUGACUUCUUUGAAUCCGCACUAGAGUUCAACAACAGUGUUCGUUAAAUAAUAAAAAUAGUCUUUUUCAUAUGAAAAUUGUCUUUUUAUUGAUGUUUUAAACAGUACUUAACAAUAUAUUAACAAUUGUGUCAUGCUUAACUAAAUUGAAUUGUACAUUAUAGUAUAUAUCUAUGAAGCUAUAUUUCCCAAGAUAUCACUGGUUUAAGGCAAAUACGUCAAUGAAUAUGAAUUUUCAAAUUUCAGGCAAUAACAAUUUGAUAAGAACAUUUAUAUCUGAAACAUUGCUAGGAUAUAAAAUGUAUAUCUUAAAUUGCACAAUAAGCUGUCUCUCUCGAGGAAUCAAAGGUUAGACAGUUCAUGUACAGGUAUCUAGCAAAAUCAAUAGCUACUGAACUGUAAAAAUCGGAUUUUAUAGUGCACAAAACUUUAUGUUUUUAAUUUUUACUGUCAUCGAAUAUUAUCAUACCAGACUGGUGCAAAGUAGGCAAAGUUGUGUCUACCUAAGGAUGAGUUUCAGAAAAAAAUUGUACAUGUCACAUGAUGGACAAUUACAUGGAAUUCAAUUGAAUUGAAAAACAAAUUCCCUUUUUACGUAUUUCACCUUUCAAUUCUCAAUUAUUAAGAAGACAUAUUUACCUUCAUAGAUGCUUUAAGGAAAUAUCAUUCUUCUAUGGUUAUUUUUCUGUAGAAUACAUAUAAUUAUGUAAACACUCUACUACAAUUGAUUUACGUAAAAGACAUAAGCUUCAAACUGUCCAUUCUGAGUGAAAAACAACUAUUCUCGGACCAUAGAGGUCCGUAGGGCCUAAAUUAGUUCUCUCUAUCACAAAAUGAACAAUUUGAGGCUAAUGCUUGUACUAGUAUCUGACUUAAAACAUUACCUUCUGUAUUUUAAGAAUAGACAGUAUCAGGUAUACCUGUUGACAAUGUUAAUAAAUUUAUUAUUUUUAACUUUGAACAAUUAAACAAGUCUAGCGUAAACUUUCCAUUGUUCACUUAUUAGACAGUUUCAGGUAUGUGCAAAGGCUUCAUAAAGCUGCGCUGAGAAAAUUUCAUAUUUACUUUACCACUAAGGUGACAGGGGGUAGUUUCUUCUGUCGAGGAAAUGUGAAACAGGUAAUGCAUAUACAAAUAUGUGUCCUAAUAGUUAAGUGGAUUUUAAAAUUUGCUAAAAUUGGUUGCAUGGGGAUAUCUGGUCCUUACGCUUGAGAAGUUUUGCAUUCUCACGUUUCCCGUACCUUGCUCCAGUCUAGAGCUCUUGCGAGUACACAAAACGCUGUAAAGCGUUCGUUGUAAUGUUUGUGCGUUGAAUUGCAGAAAUUUAGAUCGCAUUUGGUCGCGUCUGAAUAGUGUGCAUGCCCAGUGAUGUUAGGAGACUUGAUGCAACUACAAAAACGCAUGCAACGAAUGCGAGAGCUCGUGCAACGUAUGAGAUAGCUCGCGCGAAUAGUGAAAGAAAGGGGCUUAAGAUGCAAUGAUAUAAUUUAUAUCAUAUUGACAUUUUUCUUCAUGUACGAUUAGGGAUCUUUGUUAUCAUUUUCCCCUUCUUUUGUUUUUGUUUUUGUGGGGGUUUUUAUGAUUUUUUUAAAAAUUGGUAGUUUUUUGUGGUUUUUAUUUUAUUAUAUUUUUAUUAAGCAUUGCCAAAAACAUCUAAUCACCUUGCCAAGAAAGGGAUUGCAUUAUCGCGCGUGCACACUCGAUCCUCGCUAUCAUAGUAAACCGUAGUGAGAAGGUGAACAGUGGAGAGGUUUGUGCAACGCAUUCCAUACAUUCUUCCUUUUAUUGAAAAAUGUAUGGAAAAAAGCAUUUCGAAACCUGUAAUAU